AUGGACUACCUCGAUGCUGGUCUCGCAGCAGUAGAGAAGCAACUGGCGUUCGUGAAGACGGACCCGAUCAACUGGCAGGGUCUCGUCCUAGGCUUUUCGUGGGCCGUCUGUAUAUUCGAAUCGUAUCUUCUGAUACGCCAGUUCCCCUUGUAUAACAAGACCGCGCCACCGCCUGCACUCGCAGACCACUUCACACCCGAAGUAUUCGCUAAAUCCCAAACAUACGGCCGCGACAAGGCCAAGUUCUCCUUUGUGUCGACCAUCUACAAACAAUUAAUUGACACAGUCCAACUUGCUUCUGGAUUGUACUACCCUUGGGCAUGGUCAGCGUCUGGCUCAGCUCUACAAUUAUUUGGCUAUGGGCCUGAAUACCAGAUCUCGCAAUCUGUGAUCUUCGUAUUCUUGAUCACGUUCACGUCAAUGAUUCCGACUUUGCCUCUCAGCAUCUACCAGACAUUCUGGUUAGAAGCUGAACACGGCUUCAACAAGACUACGCCAACUCUUUAUAUCACCGACAUGGUGAAGGGAUGGGCCCUUGGCCUUGUUCUCGGCACACCGCUUCUCACUGCAUUCCUCUACAUCUUUGAAUGGGCGGGAGACCGCUUCCUUCCAUGGCUCAUGGCGCUUCUAUUCGGCUUCCAGAUGCUCAUGGUUGUGAUCUUCCCGACCUUUAUCCAGCCCCUCUUCAACAAGCUCUCGCCACUCGAGCCUGGCGAGCUUAAGUCGCGUAUCGAGGGCCUCGCCACGAAGCUCAAGUUCCCGCUCAAGCACUUGUACGAGAUCGAUGGCUCGAAACGCUCCUCCCAUUCAAACGCCUACUUCUACGGUUUGCCAUGGAGCAAGCACAUCGUGAUCUUCGACACGCUCAUCAAGCAGUCGAAGCCAGAUGAGGUCGAGGCCGUCCUUGCGCACGAACUUGGCCACUGGUACUUCCAGCACCCGAGCAAGCUGCUCAUCGUCUCGCAGAUCCAUAUUUUCGCUAUCCUGGCUGCUUUCCCCGCAUUCCGUCACUCGACACUACUCCUUCGGUCCUUUGGCUUCCCUCCCGAGGUCGCAGCGAACCCGCCUCCCAUCAUCAGCUUCUUGCUCUACCAGAUGGUCUUGACGCCGCUCGAGGCUACCGUAGGCAUGGCAAUGAACGCCGUCUCCCGUCGGUACGAGUACCAGGCAGACAAGUUCGCCGCAGAGCUCCCCACGCUCGUCAAGGAUGACGAUGCGCGCGACAUGGGUGUGCGUCUGGGUCGUGCCCUCGUGCAACUGCACGUGAAGAACCUCUCCACCGUAUGGGUCGACUGGCUGUACAGCGCCUACCACCACUCGCACCCCACCCUCACGGAGCGCCUGAAGGCGCUUGAGAAGUAUGGAGGCGCCAAGGUGGAGGAACCUGCUGCGGGCAAGGAAGAGCUGUAG